UUUCAGCUUUGAACGAAUGGCGAGCGAAUGUUUUCCUUGUUUAGCUAAAUUAACCAUCGACAAAAAUAUCGCUUAGUGGAGUCCAUACAAAAACAUCGCAAAGACCGUGGAGCUCAGUAGUAUACACAAAUACUGUAAAGACGUGGAGAAGUAUUUUUCCGCUGUUGAUGGUCUUACACAACAACAACAAAAAAGAAAUAUGUGGGUAUCCAAAAACAAGUCGCCUGACGUUAGUGGGAUUGGAGUAUUGCACCGUGUCUUGGCGGUGACACUCUGGAUAGUUGUGCCUGGAUGUGCCGCUGAGGAGCUGUGCUACUCUUCCGGCGGUAUUGCAGGGAUCGUAAUAGCCACUUUUAUUGUGACCCUAGUUUUAGGUGGCGUGGUUUUAGCAAUGGGUUGGUUUAUCUGGAAGAAAAAAUAUGGUGGACGAAUUAUUAGAGAAAAACCUGAUACCAAACAGGAAAAAACAGACGGAAAGGGGAAAUACGCCUUUGACAAUCCAUACUUCCGGAAUGAUGAAAAUGACGGAACCACGCUCGAUUCAGCUGAAAAAGGUAAAGCAACUCUUACACCUGAUUAUCCAGUGGCCUCUAGUGGAAAACAUAUAAAGGUGGCUCCUCCACCAAAACAUAAGAAGAACCGAUUAAUGCUUACCAAACCCUUUACAUCAGUGUUCCAUCCACACAAAAAACAUAGAACAAUGGAUGACAACGAUUUGUCUAUGGAACCUGAAAUAGUGCUUGUUCCAUUGCGAGGUCAUGAUUUUACAGGAUUGGGAUUCAAUAUCUUCGGUAACAUGAGGGAUGGUAUCUUUGUAAAGGAUGUACUGCACAGAGGACCCGCCAGCGAAUCUGGAAGAAUAAAAGCAGGUGAUCGUAUCUUAAACGUUACCGUCUCCUUUACAAACAUGGUCUAUGAGGAUGCCCUAACAAUUCUAAGUUAUGCUUCUCCAUAUGAUGUUCAAUUGGAGCUGGAAAAAACUUCAGAAAACGACCAAGGAAUAGCAGCGCCAUCUGCAGGAAAACGUCUAGGAUCUUCCAGCUUUAGUGAUGGAGGUCAAAGGCUCUUCCACCCUCUGUAUCGAAGUCAGUCUAUUGACGAUCUAACACAAAUUGAUAAGGAUUCUUUUCCUUCUAAAGGACUCGCACCUAAGCGAUCUCAAAGUAUUGGACUUGCAGCUCAAAGGUUGAGAUCCCACUUGGAAGGUAGAAAUAAAGAGGUCGCUCCAGAAGAAAUUGAUAGGCUAACAACAAAUAUUAAUGGAUCAAUGAAUGAGCAUAUGCUGGCCACAGCUAUGGUGGACGAUGGAAAUCACAAGAAAUUGUUAUACCGAGAAAGAAAUGCAGAUUUUGCUCUCACAAUUAAUGAGAAAUUAUUGGUUAAAAAUGAAACUGAGGAAGUUGGCUGCAGUGAAAACUUUACAAAUAUUUCUGAAGAGAAACAAUCUCUCAGCACCAAUGUUCCAUUAGAAGAAAGCUGUGCUAGACCAGAUGAGAAGUUUGUGAUUAAAGAAAAAGAACAAAAUACAGAAGCUAAUGAUACGAAUGAAGAAAAAACUCUUUCUCUUCCUAGGAAGAUGGCCACUCCAGGAAAGAGGAGAGCACCUGCACCACCUCAGUCUUUUCAUGGAGUAGCCAUGGAAACCAAGGCCUUUGUGCAUCAAUUUGAAGAUUCGGAAGAAAAUAAAAUUCGAUGCAAUCAUGAUGACGAGAAAUGUUCAUCAUCAACAGAAACUACCGAAGAUAGAAAGAAUUCUAUAGAAAGCUCAAAACCGCUAACAAAUGGCGUAUCUGAUUCUGUUGAAGUCGAUAGUCUGGAAAAUUUCUAUAUGUAUGAAGAAACAUAUGUUGGCGAAGAUGAAGACUCUGAUGUUUCAAAAGAUUCCUUGGAAACUGAUGAUAAAGGAGAAAAAGUUCGAAGAAGGUCGUCUUCUUUGGGAGACAUUAAGAAACUUGAAGAGGCCGUAAAUCGAUCCCCGACUCUCUUGGAGAGGGCAGUAUCUUUAGAUUUUCAAAAACUGACCCUUCCAGAAGGAAACCUUCGUGAACAAAACAAAAUUUUAGGACCUACAAAUUAUAACCCACAGGAGGAAGAAGUAUUUAUUCCACUUAAAGAAGUCAAAGAACCUAUUAAACAUUUAAAUAUAAGCAAAAUUUCACCUUAUGUAGUAGAAGCAAAACCACAAGAAGAAAUUAACAAUUCAUUCACUCUAUACCACAAUGAAAACGUCUCGAGUCCAGAUGACACGAUGAAGAAGCACGCCAUUGAACCAGAUGUAUCUCUAAAUUUAGAUUAUUUAUCCAAUACAUCUACAAUAAGCAAAUCAAGUUCCAUAUCUAGUGUAUCCAGUCAAAGUAACCAUGAAGAAAAGAAUAUGACUUCCACCCCGGCUAAAAGAGUUAUCAAAAUAGAUAACAAUCUUCUGAAGUCAAAUCUUUGUUUCGAUACCAAAAAUUCGAAGGAGGGCUACAUUCCCGCCCAGAGGGAGAAUAAACUGGAUUUUACUUUCAAAACUUCAAACAAUGCCAGUCCUGCUCAGGUAAGCAGAAAAGACAACUCUCCGUUAACAGUGGAUAUACCAAUUAUACCUCCAGUGAUUCGUCACCAAGAAAAAACGGCUUCUUCUCAUCUUAUUCUCACCCCUGCCUCCAGACCUGAAAACAAAGACGUCAAUGAAAUUAGCAAGCAGAAACUAGAUAGUAUGUUUUUCUCUCACAAGGAUUCUUUGCUUGAACAGGUAACCACAAAGGAUACCCAUCCAAGUCCGAAUCCAGAGCUGACGACUAAAUGGCCUUCAGAAAGCACUGAUUUCGACUCUUGGAGCUUUGAAGUUGGACCUGGAAGUACAGUUAAAAGCUAUAUGAGCUCCAUGAAUGGCAACAGCAGUGAAAUAUCUUCAAAUUUAUACAAAACGGCCGUAGAGAUUCCACUCGAUAAUUCUGGUAAUGUCAUGGAACAUUCCAGAAAAGAACUCGCUCCAGAGAUGUCUAGCUACACAGUACGUAGCGCUGAAGGAGGAAUAACACAAACUGUCAUUAUAUCAACCAAUAACUCUUCUACUGCACAUUCUCCACCCCCACAGUUGCAACCUCCUUCAUAUUAACAAAAUUUAUCUAUGUCUUGUCAAAAUAUAUGAAAGGAAAACUUCGAAAACUAGUAUAACAAACUCCAGCAUCGCAAAGUUUGCCUUUUGAAGAGAAAGAAAUCAUCCUCUUCAGAUAUUCCUCAGUAAAUGAACAAGGUGAGACUAACCCAGCUACAAGACUUGAGACAAGACCAAUACUCUGAAAAACAAGUAGGACUCAAGGACAACCAGCGCCAAGAGCUACGAUUUAUUUAUGUCUAUUUCUCUCCACUCGGAGCCUGCAGGUGUUGUUAAUAGCAGUAAAAAAACAACCAUUAAUUAUAAGAACUACGUGUAAUUCUGCACUUCGGCUAUGAGAUGGCGCCACCUGUACAGAUCAUAUAAACAUAAUUUUGUCUCGCUACACAAUAACCGGUGUAAAAAUAAUAAUUAAUUAAUCGCCUAAUGAUUUAUAUGUUAACACGACAAUAUACAUUAGUGACCAUGAC